AUGAUGAAUUCAUUUAAUCAAUUGAAACAAAUGGUAGCUGCAUAUACGAUUUCACCACCACAAGCACCAAUAACCAACAACAUUACGGCCAAUCCAACAAUUACAGGACCAAGCAUUAGCAAUGCUCCUAACAAUUAUUAUCAACCACAACAAACAUUUGCUGCUACACCAUCACAACAAACAUACGCUCCUACACCACCACAACAAACAUACGCUCCUACACAACCACAACAAAGCUUUUUUGCUGCACCACAAGAAGAAAGAUUUACUGCUACAUCACAACAAAAAUUUGGUGCUGCUAUGCUACCAACAUUUGUUACAAAUCCAUAUCAAGAUCGGGGUCAAUUUCAUUCGGCACAAACUAAUGAUCGAUUUAUUCAUCAUCCUUAUUCACAAUAUAUGCCAAUGGGAGUUGGUUUUUAUAACCAAACGGAAGCUGAUGGUGUUGUUUACAAAUGUAUUUUUUCAGAAACUGAAUAUGAAAAUUGUUUAAAAAAAUUUUAUAAAUAUAAUGUUGAAGUAUUAACAUAUUUAGCACGUGCAUUAGUUAAAGGUAAUCGUUUACGUGAAGCACAUAAUGCAUUAUUAAAUGCUCGACCACAAGAAAUAUUAAAAGAUGAAAAUUCAACAUUAACUUUUGUUCUUCAAGCAAUUGAUCAACUUAAAAUUGCACAAAAAACAUUUACAUGGCUUGGUGAACAUGGUGAUCCACAUCGUAUUGUUUUAAAUCAAACAUUACAAGAAGCUCAACAAUGUUCGGAUUUAUUAUCACAAUCAACUUAUCAUGAAAUUCGUGCAAGAAAAAAAGAUGAAGAAGAACAAAUUGUACGAAGAAAACAAGAUGAAGAAAGAAGAAAAUUACGUGAAAAACAAUUACAAGAAGUGGAAGAACGACGGAUAAAAGAAGAUGAAAAAAGACGAAUAGAACAUGAAAAACGUCAAGAAUUUGUUGAACGUACAAAAAAUUUAUUAACAGCUGCUGAAUCACAGAUUACAAUAGAGAAAAGUCAACGAUCAACUGGUGGAACUAGAAAAAGACAAAAACAUAAUGAAGAAGAAGAAUUUAUUAAUGAUACAGCUGAUCUUAUUACAAAUACAGAAAAAGCACAAAGAAAACGAUCAAAAAAAAACUUAUGA